AUGGCGACCAACAUAGGCGACCAGCGAGCCUCUGAAUGGGCUCCCCAGUACAAUCUAGGGAACAACGCAGCCCGGGAAAACAGCAUGGAGGGGCAGGCACACGAGAACCCUGAGUGGGAGAAAGCCAGGCAGGCACUGGCUAGUAUCAGCAAAGCCAACGCCGCCUCUGGGACCAGCAAGGGCUCCAACAACGGACAGGCUAACACGCAGUAUGCCUCCCAGCAAGGAGACCCAAACGCUAUGCAGCAGCAGCAACAAUAUUACCAGUGGUACCAGCCGUACAGCUUCGGAUACCCCUAUAAUUACUGUUACCCAAUGAACGUCUACCCAGGCUACAGCUUCCCCAACCAGUACGGGGUCGCAGGGUCGUAUUCCUCUUCGACGGCCCAGCAGCCGCAAGGUCCGGGCCAGCACCAAGGGAACAUGAACCAGCCCCCGGUCCCUGGCAUGGAGGAAGGCAUGGCCUACCCCAACCAACAGCAGCAGAUGGCCACCUCCAACCCCCCGCAGCCGCCUCCACAGCAUGGCAACCACCCCGGGGGUGCCAUGGGCCAGCAGCAGGGCGGCUCGUCCGGGGGCCAGCACCUGCAGCAGAACUCCUCCGGCGCCUCCUACAGCCAGCACGGCUACUCAGAGGGGCCCAAGCCCAAGAAGGGACAGCAGCUGUGGAACCGCAUGAAACAAGCCCCUGGAGCCGGCGGCCUGAAAUUCAACAUCCAGAAACGCCCCUUCGUGCUAACGAACCAGAACUUCGGGGCCUCGGACCAGCACGGCAACUUCGGGCCGCAGCAGAACUCGGAGAAACAUCACAACCAAGGGUACGUGUCUCACUCCCCUGCCGCUCCCUCGUCCGCUGGCAAACCAGAGGACUGGCCCCAGGACAUGAAGGAAUACGUCCAGCGCUGCUUCACCGCCUGCGAGUCGGAGGAGGACAAGGACCGGACGGAGAAGCUGCUGAAAGAAGUGCUGCAAGCCAGGCUGCAGGAUGGCACGGCCUACACCAUCGACUGGAGCAGGGAGCCGCUGCCAGGGCUGGGCAGGGACAGUAUGGCUGAGAGCCCCAAGAAGAAGCGCUGGGAGAUGUCUUCGCUUCACGCUCCCCGGGGCCCCAUGCCGGCCGGCCUGUCGCAGCAGCAGCAGCAGAGGGGCAACGGUGGAGGAGGCACGGUGGGCUCCCAGUCCCAGCGCGGUGGGGGUGGCGGGGCCAGCCGGGCCCGAGGGAACAGCUUCCCCACCAAAUUCGGGAACCGCAACGUCUUCAUGAAGGAGAACAGCUCGUCCUCCAGCGCCGGCUCCCGCUCCCGCUCGUCCUCUCGCUCGCCCAGCCGCCACUUCCGGCGCAGCGAUUCCCAUUCGGACUCCGACAGCUCCUUCUCCGGCACCGACUGCCGCCUGGCCAGCCGCAGGAGCGCGCCGAAAAACCGCGGCCGAGGGGGGCACAUGGACCGGGGCCGCAUGAGGAUGCAGAGGGGUAAAAGGCAUGACCAGGGCCCCUCCAAGCGCAACCGCCGGCGGAACGCCAUGGACUACGAGGACCCCGAGAAGGAGUUCAAGAAGCAGCGGCGGGCGGCCCGCUUCCAGCAUGGCCACUCCAAGAAGCUGCGCCUGGAGCCCCUCAUCCUGUCCAUCAACAGCCUGGACCCUGCCGGCUCGGAGAGCCUGGACUGGGACGAGCUGAAGAUUCUGGGCACCUGUCAGGAGAUCACCAAGCACUACCUGCGGCUCACGUGCGCCCCAGACCCCUCCACCGUCCGGCCUGUCUCGGUGCUGAAGAAAUCCCUGUCCAUGGUGAAGUCGCACUGGAAGGAGAAGCAGGAUUACGCCUUUGCUUGCGAGCAGAUGAAAUCCAUCCGGCAGGACCUCACGGUUCAGGGCAUCCGCACGGAGUUCACGGUGGAGGUGUACGAAACCCAUGCCCGGAUAGCGCUGGAGAAGGGAGAUCAUGAGGAAUUCAACCAGUGCCAGACCCAGCUCAAGUCUCUUUAUGCGGAGAACCUGCCGGGCAACGUGGGGGAGUUCACUGCCUACCGCAUCCUCUAUUACAUCUUCACCAAGAACUCCGGCGACAUCACCACGGAGCUGGCCUACCUGACCAAGGAGCUGAAGGCGGACUCCUGCGUGGCCCACGCGCUGGCCCUGCGCGCCGCCUGGGCCCUGUCCAACUACCACCGCUUCUUCAGGCUCUACCGCCAGGCGCCCUGCAUGUCCGGCUACCUCAUCGACAAGUUCGCCGAGCGGGAGAGGAAGGCGGCGCUCAAAGCCAUGAUCAAAACUUUCCGCCCGGUGCUCCCCGUCUCCUACGUUCAGUCCGAGCUGGCCUUCGAGGCUGCGGAGGAGUGCCAGCUCUUCCUAGCCGCUCUGUCCCUGGUGUACACGGGCACCGACGCAACCAAGAUUGACUGCAGGCAGAGCUUAGCAGUCCUGGCCAACUUCUAA